GCUGCAAUUUCGGCAGAUUGUGAAAACUCCCAUGAAGGAGGGAGUGAAUUAUCAAGCCUGGAUAGAAAAGGAAAAAUAUAAAAAAUAAAAAUAAAAAAACACCAAAUACCCUAAGAUAGAACAUAAGCAAAAGGAAGAAUUUACGGACGUUCACACGGAAUACAUUUUAAUUAACAGUUCAUAUAUUAAUACAUUGUUUAUAAAGAAAAUAUUUAUCUACUUUUGUAUUUGCACUAGCUGGCUAACGUUAGCAUCUACUUCGGCUGAAAAUAUUUUUAUGUGCCCUAAUGAGCAGGAGCCUACACCUGGUGAACGAAGGGCAUUUCUCUGCAACCAGCACUUUUAACCAAUUCUUUUUCAACAAAGUAGUGAUUUUGUGAGGUGCCUUUCACAGCACUUGGGAGUUGGAGGGGACGGAAUCCAAACUGCGGGAAAUUUUUUUUGCAUGGGAAGCGGGGCAGCUAUGCAGCUGGAGAUCCAGGUAGCGCUGAAUUUCAUCAUCUCCUAUUUAUACAACAAGCUCCCGCGCCGCCGCGUCAACAUCUUUGGCGAGGAGCUGGAGCGGCAACUCAGGCAGAAGUACGAGGGGCACUGGUACCCCGAAAAGCCCUACAAAGGCUCCGGCUUCCGCUGCAUCCACGUGGGGGAGAAGGUGGACCCGGUGGUGGAGCAGGCGGCCAGAGAGAGCGGGCUGGAGAUCCAGGACGUGCGCAACAACCUGCCUCAGGACCUGAGCGUGUGGAUCGACCCGUUCGAGGUGUCCUACCAGAUCGGGGACAAGGGCCCCGUCAAGGUGCUGUACGUGGACGACGGCGGGGAGGCCGGCUCGGAGCUGGACCGGGAGAUCAAGAGCAGCUUCAACCCGGAGGCGCAGGCCUUCCUGCCCAUCGGGGAGGCCGGCGGGGCCUCGCCCACCUCCAGCUCCCCCUCCCCGCCUUUCGGCCGCUCGGCCGCCGUCAGCCCCAGCUUCCCGCCGCGCCCGGCACAGCCCCUCACCUUCACCACUGCCUCCUUCGCCGCCACCAAGUUCGGCUCCACCAAGAUGAAGAGCAGCGGGCGGGGAGGCGCCAAGGGGUCCCGCUCCUCCCCCACCGGCCUAAAGGCCCCGCCGGGGUCCCUCCCCCCUCUGUACGGCCCGCCGCCGGCUCAGGGCUCCGCCCUGUCCCCCAACGCCAAGGAGUUCGUGUUCCCUGGUGUGCCGGGGCACGGCCAGGCCGGCGACGGGGCCCUGCCGUACAGCUCCACCUUUGACGUGUUCGCGGCCUACGGUGGCCUGAACGACAAGUCCCUCAUGGACGGCCUGAACCUGAGCCUCGGCAACAUGCAGUAUUCUAACCAGCAGUUUCAGCCAGUCAUGGCCAACUAACGCACAUUCACAAAAAACAUGAAAAAUACAAAAGCAACGUUAAAAUCCCUGUGGUACGAGUCGAUGUGUGAGCCCAAGGGCGUUUGGAUUUGUGCCCCCUUGAGUUUUUUUUUUUUUUACUUUUAUUAACACUCUAAGCUUAUCAUACACAAAAGGUCCAAGUUUUUACAGUACUUGGUUACUUAAACUUAACAUGCAUCAUUGUUUUAAUUUGUUUGCCAACCAAGCACAAAAUUUACUUUUUUUUUUUUUUUUUAACUGACUUUAAAAAUGGAAAAAAAAACGAAAAAAAAAAACGAGGAAAAAACAGACCUUCAAGUUAUGGCCACUUACAGUAUUUAAGAUAAAGCAGGACAUGGCCAAUUUUCAAAGGAACUGGCAUUAAUAUGUGGGGUUUCAUUGUCUUUUUUUUCUAAUUGUGUAAUUUAAUUUAGUACAGAGUUUGUAAAAUAUCAGAGAAUAUAUUGUUUCUACGACAUGGUAUUGCAUUUAUAUCUUUUUACUACUCCAGUGAUCUGUGAUGGCUGCAGCAGCUUUAUGUUAUAUUUUCUUUUUUUACGAGAAUUGUAAAAUACAUCCAUCUUUGAAAACAUCUACUAUUCUAAAGAUUGUGUACAGAAUAUUCCUUAGUGGUGGAAUUUAAAAAUAUUUGCUUUUUUUGAAAAGAUAAGAAUUGUAUUUUCCGUUAAGAGUAAAGAUUUUUGCUAUAUUAUGGACAAAAUGUAAUCGUAUAUAUUAAUUUUUGUACCAACAUUGUGCAAUACUUGAUAAAGACAACGGUAUAACAAAGUAUUUUGAGUCAGUGUCUUACAUGUUAAGAGGGACUGAUAGUUUAUAUUAAGUUUGUAUUAAAAUGCUUAAAAUAUGCUUGUCUUUAUUUUUUUUAAAUUUCAUAUUGGCAUCCUGGUCUUUUUAAUAAAAUGAACUAUAGUGAAAGUU